UUUUUGUGUGGUUCUCUUUCUUGUUCAUUAUUUUUCUUUUCUACUCGCUCUAUUCUAUAUGAGAAAGGCAGCACCCACGUCUUCGCUUAUUAAAGGUCUUGUAGGUCAUUCGGAAAAGACGCCAAGUAACGAAGACCAUGGUCUAGAUGGUCCCAUUUUACCUUCCACCUCUACUUUUACUCUUGCUGGUAAAGAUGAUAAACCCGAAAAGUUAAAAAAGAAGGCAAAGAACUUUUUGGACGAAAGGCAAAAGACCAAGUCAAGAGCCCAAAGUCUUUGGAGCUUCAUUGAUGCAACGAACACAUUUGACCAAGCUCGAUUCUUUCAAGAACAUGCAGAACAAGUAUUUCAGGUGGUAUUCGAAACUUGCAUGCACCAAAUUGAAAAGAUAAAACACAAAUCAGAAAGACCUCAAUCUUGGAAUUCAAAGGAAUUAGUUAGUCUCCAAAAGACCUUAUUAUUGCUUCGAAAGAUAUUUCUGUAUGUGCCCGAACUCAUGCGUAAUGGCUGGCAACGACAGAAUAUCGCCACCAUUUUAUCUUAUGUUUUGGACCAUGGGAAUCACCCUCGACUUCGUGCGCUAGGAUUUCAAUUGCUCCUAUUGUGGUUAAAUGACCAAGUAGUGGAAUAUCCUGAGUGUAUGAAUCUGUUCUGCAAUGCUAUUUCACUCGAUUUGUUUAUAUUGGAUGAUAUUCAGACCUUUUCAGGCAACAAUACUAAUAAUACAACUACCGCCACCGCCACCAACACCACAACUACCAAUACCACCACUAAUUUUACUAAUACAACUAAUAUAAAUAAUGUAACAUCUAAUAACGAACUACUGUCCGAAGAACAACAACAUACCACAAAAUCACAUACACUUCAAUUUGUGAAAAAAUUACGAGAAAAUCAUGCCGAUAAGCAAAUCAACCAUGGCCUUCAAAGAGACGAGAGGAUCAGAUCAAGUCCGAUUCGACUCCACCAAACUUUUAUUAUCGGCGAUGAUUCUCAGCCUUUAUAUCCUAAUCCAACUCAACCUACCUUUAAUGAUUCCAUUGUUUUAAUCCAUAUAUUUAUUUCUAAUCUCGUCAGAUUGGCUUACGUUGCCGCUGGAUCUCCACCUCCUCCCGAUGAAUAUGAGUAUCCUCCCGGAGAUCAUUUUGAACCCGAUGAUGGCAUUGCCACUGGAGUCGGUAUCGAUGCUGCUACCGCUAGUGCUAAAUUCUUGUUUAAAAUAUUUCGUACUCAUUACAUGACAAAGUUUGUACCAUUAAUAUCUCAAUCCUUACAAGUAGAAGGCUCUUUAAAAAACGGAGUGUGUGGAUUCCCUUCAUGUCCUCCCAGCAUUUUACGAUCUCUUUUGAGGUUUUUAAUUGGUUACUGUCUUGACAAUAAUCACAAUGUCAAUACGCAUUGGCCACAUCUUCAAAUCUCCUCCCCCGCAACCCCUAUUUUAAAAUCCAUUGUUCUUUCAUCCCACGAGACUCGAGAAAUGUUGCACGAAAUUUUACGUCAAUCACUCAUCUUGCCUUGCACCAAUGCUCAAUAUAGGGACAUCACACGCGGUGCCAUUCAUAUCUUGGGUGUCUGGAUUUUAGGCAGCGAAGAUGAACGUCCCUCGUUUUUAAGACGCUCCGGUAGUAUCGUCACCCGAUCAAGUAGUACAGCAUCCGUUUCAACUUCCGUCACUUCCACUUCCUCUCGCGUCCUUUCGUCUUCCCCACCUACCAUCACCACCACCGUUGCAGAUGAUCAUCCUAUGAAACCCAAAGAAGAAUAUUCGGAUGCCAAUGUAUUUUUACGCCGCUAUUUAUUAAUGAUCAAGCUGGUAUUUGAAGAACAUCGUCCACAACCCAACAAUACACGAGACUUUUUAGCUGCUACUGUUCAACAAGUAACAGAUUGGGAAGGUUUGGUUGCCUUAUACAAGGACGCCAUCAAUGUUUACCGCGCCAUCGCUGUAUCAAAGGGUGGUAUUGAUAUUGAAUGGGAGAGUUGGGAAUUGAUGCUGCAAUGUUUAUUGGAUAUUCAACAAUGGUUUAUGAGUCAACCCGAAAAAUACAGCCGUAUACCCGUCCAUGCUUUGGCGGAAGAAUUAGCCGAUUAUAUUUGGGAAACUUUACUUCAUGCCUUUGUCAGAGCUCGUAUCUUGCAUGUGGAUUUAUGGACCAAUUUAAAGGUGCAUUUAGUCAGUUCCAUGCGUUGGGUUCAAGCAUUAAAUCAAUGGGUCAGGAUCAUGCAGAAAUUAACCCGUUUAUUAUCUUCUCGACUUUACAAAGUGGAUUAUGAGCUUUAUUCAGAUAGCAAGUAUAGACUGAUUGAGGAACUUCCAACCAACCGUCCUUCCUCACAUCAUGCAAAUACCACGGCCAACAAUGCACGAUCUACAGCGAAUCGAAGCAAAGUAAGAUCCCGACACCUCAGUAUGCAAGGUAAUAUUCGUCUCCCCGGUAAUCGUGGUACUGCAACCGGUCGUCCUUUAUCUUCCAGUGAUGGCCAGCUCAUUGAUCCACCACCCGAACCUGUAGAACCUACACCCGAAGGUAGCGUUUCAACCAUCUUGCGUAACCUCAGUAGCGCGUCCUUAUCCGAACUCGCGAAUACUUUUAAAACAGACCGUAAAUCCACCAAUCUAACCUCGGUUCCUGAUGAAGAUGCAGAAGACGAUGAGGACAGUAGUAGCAAGGUAAAGUUCAAGCCUAAAUCCAGUACACCUGCUAGUAGCAUUCAUAGCACCAGCAAUAUCUCACCUGUGAAUGCGUCACUCGGUAAACGAAGCAAUACCAAUACAAGUGGUAAUAGUUUAUCAGGUAGUGUUGGAGAGAAAAGCGUAGGUCGUCGCACAAUCAGUAUCCAGCAAUUGGAUACCUUGUGGCAAGACUCGGGUUCUAAAUUGUUAAGUUUUGUGCAUCAUGGAGACACUACACAACAACCUGGUGCAUCUAAAGCUACAAAAGUAGCUCUCGACGAAGAUAAAAAAAUGGAUUCAGAUCGUAAAAGUACUUCAAGCUCGUUGGAUGAAUCUUCCAAUAAAUCCAAUCGUACACCAAGCUCAUCUGUAUGGGCAAGUGGUGAAUCUAUCUCGAUGAUGACCAAUCCUGCAUCCAUUACAGAAAAACUGCCUUCAGGUUUAGGAACAUUCAAAAGCUCUGAUUUCUUGGUGCUUAGUAAUUUACCCAAUGAUGGAUUACAAGUGCUGAACUUAUGGAAGAACAUGUUGUUGACUAUCGGUAAUAUCAAUCAGAUUGAGGGUCCUCAAAACCAUGCUAUUGCUAUGCAAUGUGUGGUGGAGAUUUGGGAUACGCUCAGACAAGUGAGAGCACAACAACCUUAUCGCGAUAUACCAAUUCCUGCCAUGUAUGAAGUAGCACCUUGGUUAUUCCAAGCAACUGAAUUACCUUCCGCGUACGACGUUGGAAAGGCAGCAGCUUAUGGUAGUUUGUGUAGGCUCAUGUCCCAAAGACCGGAAGAGAAGGUGCCAGAAGGAUACUAUGCGGCUUUUUUCACAUCUGUUUUCAAGGGAUUUGCAUCUAAUGACAAUGCGAUAAUCCAAGCAAUUAUAUCAAACUCGGAGCGACUCUUUGGUGUUUCAAUACCUGGUGUGCAUAUUUUAAUCCCGGCCUAUAUCGAUGCCAUUGAAAAACAACUCUUGACUAAUGAUACAGCGGUACCGCCGCAUGUUCGCAAAAGCUGUAUUACGAUCUUGGGAUCGCUCGUCUCGAUUUCCAAUCAUUUAAAAAACGUCACGAUCCAAACCGAUCAAUUGGAUAUGACAUGGGCCAAAUGUUUCCAAGAAAAAUCUUUUUCGUUUGCGGAUGUCAAGGUAUGGCUGAAGAAUAUCUUUAUUCGUUUGGUAAAUACGGGUCACCCCAUCCCACAAGAACAAGAUACAGAUGCGCAUUCCAUGUUACUUGGUGCAUUAUGUACACUUGUAUUGGAUGAAAUGUUGUCUGCUGAAAGUCCUCAAUAUGAUAUCAUUCAUGAAUGCAUUCUUUCCUUGGUCAACCAUUUGUAUUGGUGUAAUAUUCCGAUUGUGAAUAAUGUUUCAGAUUGUUUGAUCACAUUUGCACAAAUUUACAGCAAAGAAUUGGAUCCAGAAGGGAUAAUUGUGCAGGAAAUUUUAACCAGGAUUAUUGAUGCGCUCAAUGUUCAUUUGAAACAAUAUGAACGAAACACGAAAUGUGGAAGAGGAUUCAUCAUUUCCAAGUUAUUUAGUUGUUUGUUGGAAUGGAUUAUGGCGAUUGAACCCAUGAUUUUAACAGAGACGGAUUUAUGUCAGCUCGUGUUUGAUGUGGUUGAACUAGCACUUCAUAUCACUUCGGAGGGGGCCGACAAAAUAUUACCGCACCCGCCUAGACCCAGCCAUACGACCACACAUCACGGUAGUAAAAAAAAGGAAGUAUCAUUCAAAUUUAAAUUAUUAUCAGAGAAAAGACCACAUAUCCAGUAUGACCUCAUUCAUCAUGGAGAAGUACCUGAGAAUGAUGGAGGAUAUGUCAAGGAAUCGGCAGAAGCGGUCCUGCUUCAUUUACUGCAUCAUUUUAAUAAUUUUGCUCCGCCAUAUGGACCCGCGACCAUUCAUAGCACAAUUGUUGGACCCGGUGUCGCCCAAGAUGAUAUGCGAUAUAAUCAAUACCAAUAUUUCUCCUUUAACGAUACCACGAUUAUUGCAUUUGUGGAAAUUCCUCAGACAGAAUUAAAAGGAGCACAAGCUAGAAUGAUCAUCCGAGAUUUGACUGGGCGAUAUGUAUGGGAUACGCACUUGGAACCAAACCUGUCGGGUAAAUCCGAAACAUCCAACCAGUGCAAGGCAGAUGAUAAAGGAUUUGUAUUAAGGCAGGACGUGCGUAUUAAAUCAGCAGAUGAAAUACCUGAAAAGGAUAAGAAUAUCAUGCAGCCAAUGGAAGAUCCAAUGGCCAAUUUAUUGAAACAUAUUGGCGAUUUACACCCAGAUUGUUUGUUAAACCCAAGUCUACCUUUACAUGUAGCUACCGCACCUUCUGAUUUACAGAUGGACAUGCUCGGCGAUCUCGGUUCUCGCAUGGAUGAAUAUUUACAAAACGAAGCUCAAAAUAACCAACAACAAGAAUCUGACAUAAAACUCUGGUAUUCAAAAAUGAACGCACUCCGCAGAAAGGAAGAUGGCGUUUUGAAACGUGGAGAUUUACAGCUGAUGGCAGAGUUUAGUCACCAAAAGGACUUCUUGCCUGCUUUCCCUCAAGAAGCCGAACAGCCGCAUGUGCCUUUCCAACAAAGCCGUCUCUUGAUGAGUCAUAUGGGUUUACUACACUAUCAUCAUCUCAAGGAUGGGUCCUUCAAAAUGUUGAAUAAAUCACCAGCUUUAUAUCGAGAUUUAAGAGGCCUUGAUCGAAAACACGGGCGAGAAACCAUGAAGAUUGGGCUUAUCUAUGUCGGUCACGGCCAAGAAGACGAACAGACGAUUCUGCAGAACAAUCGAGGAUCUGAGAGAUAUAAUGCAUUUGUAAAUAGUCUGGGUUGGGAAAUUGAUAUUGCCACACACACGGGAUAUCUUGGUGGCCUAGAAAGAAAUUUAACAAAUGGCACCAAGGCUUCUUAUUACUGUUCCUCCACUGUAGAAAUGAUUUUCCAUGAUGUAACUAAAAUGCCUACCGACACAUCAGAUCCUAAGCAGCUCAAGAAGAAACGUCAUAUUGGUAAUGACCAUGUUCAUAUUGUAUGGAAUGAGCAUGACCGAGACUACAGGACUGAUACGAUUGGUGGUGAUUUUGGCAACGCACAGAUCAUUGUAACGCCAUUGCCAGCUCAUCUUUAUCGCGUACAAAUCUAUCGAGAUAGCAAAAUACCUUAUUUUGGUCCACUUUUUGACCGAAUGAUUGUAUCGCAAGCGACCCUAGGUCCAUUAGUACGAGCCACUACCAUAAAUGCAUUCCGCGCCACAGUUCAUACAAACCUCUAUUCCUUCUACAAAUGCGUCUACGCACAAAGAUCAAACGAUGUUCGCACCAUCACCAACAGACAUAAAGUAGCAAAUUGGAGUUAUGAACAAUUUAUGGAAAAAAUCUUUAUGCCGGAAGAACAUUUAUAAUGAGUUAUUUCGUAUCAUCUUAUUUUUUUUUCUUUCAUUCUUUAUCUUUUUUCUUUUCUAUUUUUCUUUUUAAAUGUAUCCUACCACCAUCUUCACGUCCAAACAUACAGAAUGGCCUCUUCAGGAAUAUCAAGAACGCAGAAUCAUGGACGCAUUAUCACAAACAUCAUCACCUAGUAUAUACUCUGAAGAAGAAGAUUCAUAUUUUUCAGAGAGAGCCGUACAUAAAAAUCGCAGACAAUCCUUAUCAAAUUCUUUAAGAUGUUCAGUAUGUCAGCGACGUUUUCAUUCUCAAGGCAAUUUAUCCAACCACAAGCAAUUAUAUCAUUAAUAUAAUAAAAAUACCCCUCCUCCUCCUUCUCUUUGCACCCACGUCCUCCCUAUAGUCUGCUUUCUCUCUCUCUCUCUUUUUUUUUUUUUUAUUCAUACAUAAUAAAGUAUCUUAAAACUUUUUGGUUGUCCAUGUCCGGAGUUU